CCGGGCCACUCGAACGCACAGUCCGAUUUCAACAGUUGUCAGGGAACGACGACGACGACACUCCGAAGCCCCCCUCCAGGUCCGUGUAGCGAACUUCAUUUUUUUCUACUUUCUGCUGUUAUCGUUAGUGGCGAAUCCUCUGGGAGCAGAGUGGCAUCAGUGAUCCAGGCAUUUUCGACGGGUGCUUCUGGUUGCUUUGCAGACGGAAAAAAAUAGGUGGAAUUUUCUUAGCAGAAUUGAGACGACUACCACUGUGCGAAAGAAGAGCUAUUAGUGCAAAAUUGCUUUUUUCUGGCCUUUAGUUGUAGUGCUGGAAGACUGUUUCUGUAGCAAGUUUGGAGAACCGCGGCUAGCAGGCGAAAUUGAUCUGAGUGGACUUGAGAGUGAGCAAAGUUCAGACCAGAAGCGCGUUACGGUACCGUGAUUGUUUCCCUUCGAUCGAAAAGUGCAGUGGAUUUAGCUGUGGUGCAAAGAUUUGACCUAGAGCACUAUUUGCCGCCAGCAGCUGACACGGCAGAGAAGAAAAAGUGACUGAAACAGACACAGUGGGAGUUCGUGUGGAGCAGAAGUUCAAGUUCAAGUUCGGAACGAGUGAUCAAGUCGAGAGGAGGCGAAAAUGAAGUUGAUUUUAGUGAUGUGUAUUCUUUCGACGUUUAUUAUAAGCAUACAAUGUCGCCCCCAGGCAGUGCAACCGGCGGAGCAUCGUACGGCGGCGGACGUUCUGAAACUGCCAUUCUAUGGUGGGGCCCGUGGACAAAUACUGGAGAUUCGCAAAAACCAUGAUGGGACCGUGGUGAGCAAGAUUUUGCGGGGAGAAGAAGAUGAGGACAUGGAACUCAAGGUGCACCAGCUCGUUGACGACCUGAAGAACAACGAGGAAAUUUUGGCCGAGGACGAUGAUAUCAAGGCGGCCGAUCAAUCGUUUGGUGACUACUUGAUGAACAUUCAGAAGGCCGCCGCAUCGUUGGUUAGUCUGCAAGAACAGGUGAAAAAGAGCGGCAAGCUGUCGUCCGAUCAGAAGAGGGUCUACGCUGACAACUUGGAACGGCUGGGUGUGGCAGCUCAGAAGCUCGCACAUAUUCAACAGCAGGAUGGGGAUCAUGAUGCGAUCAAAUUUUUGUUCAACUCGGACUACGAUCAAAGCGCUUCCGAUGCGCAGAAGAAGAAGACCACUUAUAAGAUCACCUCAUUCCCCGGAUACAAGGGCAAGGAAGAGGAGGACAAGCUGAAGCACCAGCAAAAGAAGAAGGAAGAGGAGGAAAACGUCGGCGAAGAAGAUGCAGCCCAGGGCAGUGACAGUGUGCAGGUUAACUCACCCGAACAGGAGGCCUCGAUUGCGGAAGCGAAGCCAGUCGGUCUCGCCAUUGCCGGUGAUGGAGGAGUUGCUUCAUCGAAACCCAUUGCCACUGCCGUUGUCGGAGAUGGAGGUCUCGCAGUUGCCCGCCCUGUUGCCACCGCCAUCGCCGGAAUCAAACCAAGUGAAAUCGGAUCACUGGGCCUGCCGAUAUCCGUCAACAAGAAACUGGUCACCAAAGGAAAAUAUGGUCUGGUAGCUGCUGAUCAGGAUCUCCCAGCAGGCCUUCUCGUGGGACCCGGUUUCACGGAAGCUCGUGUUUCGCAGCACGAAAUUGAAGCCGAAAUCGACGACGCUCGCCAGCAAGCCAUGGGGCAAACCGGUCUGGUCCCCAACUUUGAUACUGAGAAAUUUCUCGCCAACUUGAGGCUGAAAGCCAAGCAGCAGCAACAACAAGCUGAACUAAUUCAGCAACAGCAUCAGCAGCAACAACAACAGUUCAAUUCUCCAACCAUUGCCUUCCAGUCCCAGCCAUCCUUUAUUCCCCAGUCGUAUCCGUUCGCCACGGCUGCUUCCGACUACCUAAACACUCCGCAAUACCCCGUCUAUACCCCGAGCUACUCCCCCUACUACUAUUACAACCCUUACGCCGCAUACCAAAACCCUCUCGCCCUUCUCGCGUACCAAUACCAGCAGCAGUUGGCAUUUCAGCCCCAAUACAACCCCUAUAUGGUCAGCGCCAACCCACUUCAGCAUUCCUUUCAACAGUUUGACUACCCACAACGAAGCUACUACUCCGCAGCCCUUUCCGCACCAACCACUGGCGCCACUGCGGCCGCUGGCUACCCAAGCUAUUACAAUUAUCCAUCCUUCUCAACCCCAUCGCCAUACAGAUUUUUCUACUAUUAAUCUGCUGAUCAGAAGCCCCAACGGCGGCAGUGAUCCCUUCGUUCUAAGAAUCAGCUCAAAUGGGAAGUAAAAAACAAGACUUGAAACUUGUUCCACCAGUCAUCGGCAGGGAUCCCUCGGUUUGGCCAUUCCAGAAACCAAAAACUUUAUAACGAAAUUUAUUCAACGUGCAUCCAGUGAGCAGCCUUCGGUGGAUGGAUUUUGUAGAUCUUCUCGUCUUUUGUGGAACCGCUCGUCCCGGGACUGGGUGAGCCCCUCCAGCUUCAGAGUAUGGUGCGGAGAUGAUGAAGACCUACGAGACACCGGGGGUGAGGUUAGUGUUAUCGGAGGUCAGCUACGGUGGACCCCUCGACUAGUGGAACUCAAAUCGAUACAAAUAGGUUAAGGCUACUUUCCCAUGCAAACAACAGUGAACAUAUUUUAGGAGUGAUAAAUGAAAAGAGCGAAAGCGUAAAGUCGAAUCGUGAGCAGUGUCCAGCACAAAUCUUAAAAUACAAUAAAUAGCGUCCUAGUUCGUAAGGUUGAAAUAGAACAUUAGUAAAAUAAAAGAAAAGAAUAUUCGGA